CAGCUGGGAUUUCUUCAGUCGUUCGUUACUGACCUUCUGCAAUCGGUAGCCUGGAACAUUUCGAUUGAACGAGUGCAAGCAAUUACAUUAUAUUUACAAGCAUUGCUCUGGAAAGCCAGAAAACUCAACGUGAACGAAGAUAAGGACCAAGGCCUAUAUUAUACUAUUCGCGUGUGGUUGUGGUAUUCACUUAUGCAGUGAGUAGAAAAGGCCCCAACGUUUCAGAAUUAAGUUUUCUUGAAGCUCUUCGGUCAAGAAUCAGUGGUCUUCCGUGUUGGUUUGUUUGUGCGCUCGCUUAAGAUUGUUGAAGUCGUAUCCGAAAUUGUCAGACAUUUAGAUCCUGAUCUAGAUCUAGAUCUAGAUCUAGCUCGAAAAGAUCUUGACUUUGAACAAUAUAUUUCAGUUUGGAGUAAGUACGGGAGGCAAUUUAACAAACUGAUCAAUCAGAAAAACAACAAAAAACUUACUAUGAUGUUGUCUCUUCCCUCAACGAUGCGAGCAUUUGCUGCCCAUGGGUCUAAUUUCUCACCUAUGGCAACUGCCUUCGUGACAUCAACGACGGGUCGAUCUUUCUCCUCGUCUGUGUCUGGUACAGUUCGAUCGUCGUCAAAGACCCUUCCUAUACGACAUGCUUCGUGUGUAAUGUGCACCACGGACCAAGCUAAACCUGCACACAAAGUCACAAGUUCCUUUGUGGGCCUACAGCAAUAUCGAGGUCUGGCAGACAAAAAGGAAAUCAACGAAAAAGUGGACGAGUAUCGAAAGGGAGAUUUUGAUACGAUACCGGACCCUGGCAACCUGGUGCAUUUCAAAACCAAGGAUGCUCUUGAGAAAACUCCCAAAACAGAUGUUCAAGAUAAGGGAAAGAAGGACAAAGAAAUGCCUCCUAUAGGAACUUACGUCUUGCCUCAUCCCAUAUGGACAGAGGAGCAGCUACAUGAUGUGCAGGUUACUCACAAAGAGCCGGAAGGAUUUGUAGACAAGGCGGCUCACAAGACGGUGAUGCUGUUCCGUGGAGGCUUUGACAUUUUCUCUGGUUUCAAGUUUGGACAGAGAAAUGAGAGGAAAUGGCUCAAUCGCAUCUGUUUCCUGGAGACCGUGGCUGGCGUUCCUGGCAUGGUGGCAGCCAUGAUGAGACAUAUGCGGUCGCUGCGACGAAUGCAGAGGGAUCAAGGCUGGAUUCAUACACUCCUAGAGGAGGCAGAGAAUGAACGCAUGCAUCUGCUGACAGCCCUUCAGCUCAAGAAGCCGUCUUUGUUCUUCCGACUGUGCGUCAUUGGAUCACAAGGCGUGUUUGUGACAAUGUUUGGUGUGAGCUACAUCAUCAGUCCCAAGUUUUGCCACAGGUUCGUCGGGUACCUGGAGGAGGAGGCUGUGAAAACCUACACCAAAUGCUUGGAGGACAUUAAUGACGGUCCCAUGCAGCACUGGAAGACCCAGCCUGCCCCAGACGUGGCCAUCAGAUACUGGAAACUCAGUCCUGAGGCGACGAUGAAAGACGUCAUCCUGGCAAUCCGUGCUGACGAAGCUCAUCAUCGCGUGGUCAAUCACAGUUUAGCCUCACUCAAGAAGGAUGAGUUCAACCCGUACAAACCUGGCAAAUGAACAUUCUAUACGUGAAAUAAACAAAAAAUACAAUAAGAAGAUACAGGCAAUAUUAUUACCUAAAUAUUGAUGACAUUUGGUGCUUUAACUCAUAGAUGUCGGCACGUUUAUAGACUAGACACUGCAUCAUUGCAUUUUCUUGUUUUCCUUAUUCAACAAACAUAUCUGCUUGCUUGUAAUAGUAGGCUUAAUAAUAAUAAUAGUUUGUUUGUCAAUGUCUAACGAAGACCAGUACAUUUGCAGAGGAGAAUAUUUCUUCAGUGAAAUAAAAAAAUUAGAAGAAUUAAAGGUUAAGAUGACUUGUGGCUUCUGCUGUGACAUAGAAGACCAAUUGUGGCAGACAAAAGUUUGCUACAACUUGAACAUUUAUUGGAAGCUUACUUGCACUACAGCUGUCUCCUCGCACAUCAAAACUUCAAUCUUUUCUGAACAUUUUGAUUGGUACCGCAUAUGUUUGUAGCUUAAUACCUAUGUGUAGCUUAAUACCUAUGUGUACGACGCGGUGGAAUCAGGGGCCUGUGAAACUUUUGGUCAUGUAGGGGUAUUGGUAUCAGUUGAAAGCUUGUUCUUUUGUCUUGCUUUUGGAGGAAAAUAUAAUCAUAUGUCAUAAAUAGAAGUCGAGAUAUUUGCAAUGGAAGGAGAUGGUUUAAGAGGUAAAAUUAGUGAGAAAAUGGCCUGCAAAGUUUGGUGACUUUGAAAAUGCAAAUUUUCAUUUUUGUGCCUUAAAUCAACAUUUUGCAGUAAAUUCCACACAGAAAUGGGUUUUUGAAUGAAGGUGCAGAGCCAAAAAAAAAAAUUGAUAAAAUUUGCCAAAAGGACAGAGUAGUGCCAGUUUCUUCGAUUUCAUUAUUUUGAUGAGCGCCUGAUUUCACCACGAUGCCUCAAUAUUUUUCAUGCUGAAAAUGCUAAAGUUUUCAUAUUUCAAACUAAACUUUGCUUAUGACAUGUCAGUGUUAAAAUUUCUCUCAUCUUAAAAGUGUGGAAACUUUUUGUAUGCUGGUAUUCAAGUUUUGGGAAUAUAGCAGUCAAUAUUUUCUAUCACAGCCAAUGUCUCUGUAUGGAUGAUCUUAUCUGCAGUCUAAUGGGAUUUUUUCUUAUUCUUUGCCAAACGAAGAUUAUUUUUACAGUUAUUCUCUCAUCUCUGUCAAACAAUGAUGCAAACAGUAGUUUAACUUAUCUUUAAGUUGACUUCGGUCUUUGUGUAAGACAGAGAUGCACUUACCAAAAAAAAGAGGUGUCAGUAUGUUGGGAAUGUGAGGAAGAACCUGUCGGAGGUCUUCCGGGUUAGGGCUUUGGAAAAGCAGAUAUUAUUUUACAGUCCUUAACACUUCAUGUUCACUCAAAGCGUUUCUGCAUCGAUGAAGCUUUCCACUUCCUGCCACAUGGUGCAUCGCUGCUUGCCACAUCUGGACGUUUGUGAAGCAUGCUUACCAAAUGAGUUACUUCUCAGAGUCUAGCUUUAUGAAAAUAAAUGCAUCACGCUUAUAGGUGAAGAUUUUACAUUUUAUAUUUAUGAAAUAAUAAAAAGCAUGUUAUGCAUUUAUAAAGAAUAUAGCAUCAAAAGAAAACCUACAAAUUUGACCCUAUUGUUGAUAUUUGGUCAAUAUCUCCAUAUGAGAAUUGCGAGAAGUAACUCAGUUUGUCAAACUGCCUGACAUUUUGCUGACGAAAUGUUUGUGCUCUGGUGAGGAAGAUUGCAGUCAGCCCCCGUCUUUUGGAGACUUCUGCGCUGUUUUGUGGGCUGAUCAAGUUGAUGUGGUCAUAGACUGAGCUUCUAACAGACACCAUUUCCCUAUGUUUGAUUCAUUCCUUUUAGUUUUAGCUUGUGAUUAACCUUUUUAUUUUGUAUUAUUUUUUAAUGUAGUCUAACAAAUGGAAGUUCCAUUUGUUUUUUAAGAAUACAUUUUGUAGUUAGACAUUACUUAAAGUAUGGCGAAAGAGAGACUUGUUGAAGGGGAAAGUAGGGUUUAUUAACUCCUUAUCUUUGGCAAGCUGCUCCCUGCGGCUCGCGGUCGGAGCUGAUGUACCGGUGAGUUGCUGGUAGCGGCUGAGGCACAUUCCUUUAUGACGACUUCGCCAUCAAAUGAUUACUUUUCAGCAAUUGCCAAAACCAGGUCUCUUUUAUUGGGUAUUCAUUCAUUAGAUAAAAAAUUACUGAAAUAGGUUCGCUUAUUUUGAUUAAAUUACCAAUUUAGUGAUGUAUUUGUCAAUUUUAGAUUUCGUACAAAAAGAGGGGCCCGGCAUAAGGGUUUACCCUCUCGGAGAUAAUAAAGAGUUAAUGCUAUGUUGUAAUUAUAUACUACAGAUUAUCGAUCAAAUGGAUUUGAACGCUGUAACUGUGGUGUGUGUAUACAUAUGUGUGUGUGUGUGAGUGUGAGGUUUCAGAGGCAAAAUUAAUGAGAAAAUGGCAGCACAAGUUUAUUGAUUUCCAAAGCUUGAGAGCUUUUAGAAACUGUAAAAUAUGUAACCUACAAUUUGUAUGCCUUUAAUCAACUCUUUUCAAUAAAAUCCACUCAGCAAUGUGUUUUUAAAUGGACAUACAAGGUGGUGAGCCAAAAAUUAAGAUUCACUAAAACUAGCCAAAUAGAUUGAAACAUGCUAGUUUCUUCAAAUUCAUUAUUUUGACGAGCGCCUGAUUUCACCACGAUGCCUCACAAACACUCUGUAUGCCAUUUUGCUAGUGCAGUGAUGUUUUGAAAAAAAAAAUACAACAAGCGAGGUUGGGGUGGGAAGUGGUCAUUUGUACAGGAUAUUGCCUUAGACAGGUAGCCAUUAGAGCAUGUUUGACUGUACUUAUUGGUCUUCUGAUGAGAAAUAUUUUUUACAUGGACGCAACUUGUUUGAUAAUGAUAUUGAUGACUAUCAGAACAACAAUAUUAUUUGAAAAGUUUGGUGAAACUGUGGAAUGAGUAAGUUAUUUAUUACAACUUAAUCUGCGAUACUCUCUAUGUACAUACAUAUAUGCAUUGUUCAUAAUGUACAGUAUUAUCUGCUUUUUUGAGUAGCCCAUGUCAUGCUCCUAUUUUUUCUCAUAUGCAUUGCUUAUUUAUCAUCAUAUCAUCAUAUUGUUGAAUAUACUCCAAAAUAUUCACACACAUAAAGUAGAAUCUAGGCAGUUUGAUAAUAUUAUUGUUAUUUGUAUAAAACUGCCUCAAAUUUAGAAAAAUCCACUCUUAACUUUCAUUUUGACUUUGAUGUAUGUCUUAUUAUUAUGUUACAAUUACGUUUUAUCAGUCUGUACCUUUUAUACUUCAUGGUGUAUCUGAGCUAUUCUCAAAAAGAUGAACACAAUCUCUAUGCGUCCUUAAAGAAAUGACGCAAAAUAAGAAUAUUUAUGAAAUCAGGGUUCUCUAAAAGAAGAAAUGAACAAUUAUUAAUUGUACUCUUUUUAAUAAUAAGCAAUCAACUAAUGUGAACAACUUUUCAAAAUAUAAAUCAAUGAUUUUGAAUAAUA